CCCGAUCAGUGUUUAUGACAUCACCAGCAAAGGUACAGCAGGGACAAUGGCUUCAACAGGUAAAGGAACAUCAACUGGACUCGCUGCGUCUAGUAAGCAGGGGCAGGACCAGGGCAGGUCCUCUGAGCUGAGGGUGGUGCUGCUUGGGAAGACAGGAGAUGGGAAGAGUGCCUCUGGAAACACCAUCCUGGGCAGUAAGGAGUUUGAAUCUAAAAUCAGCUCCUCCUCAACAACAAGGAAGUGUGAGAAGAAAACCUCUGUCGUUGCUGGGAGAACGGUUUCUGUGAUCGACACUCCAGGAAUCUUCAACACAGAUCUCUCUGAAGACGAGGUUAAAGAGGAGAUUGCGCGAUGCAUCUCCCUGUGCUCCCCGGGACCCCACGUGUUCCUCCUGGUGAUGCCGGUGGGGCGAUACACGGAGCACAAGCGCAAAACAGUGCAGGAAAUCCAGAAGAUGUUUAGUGAGGAAGUUAUGAGGUUCACCAUCAUUCUCUUCACUAGAGCGAAUGAACUAAAAAAGGACAAGACUAUCGAGGAGUACAUUCAGAGAGGUAGCCAGGAGCUCCGAGAGCUGGUUAGAAAGUGCGGGGGGUAUCACGCCUUCAACAAUAAAAACAAGGAGGAUCGCACCCAGGUCACUGCGCUGCUGGAGAAAAUAGAGAGCAUGGUGGCUCUGAACGGAGGCAGCCACUACACUGAUGAGAUGUACCAGCAGGCAGAAACAGCGAUCAAACAAGAGCAGGUUAGUAAAGGAAUAAGCAGAGAAGAGGCUGAAAAUUCCAACAGCUUCAUUAGGAGAUUGACGACCGUACUGACAGGCGCGGCAGUGGGAGCUGGUCUGGGGAUCUUAUUGGGAGGGGGGCUAGCAUGUAUUGCAGGUGGGGCAGCAGUGGUACCAGGGGCAGUGACGUUAGGGGUAUUAGGGGGAGUAGUUGGAGCGUCAAUUGGAUCAGAAGCAUCAGGGCCAGGCGAUGCAGUACAGAGAGUGAUCAAAGCAAUAGCAGACAUAAAACAGGAAGCAGUCGACACAAUGAAAACAGUAGCUGUGCCUGAACACCGCAAGCAACAAUAGAAGCAACAUGUGCAGCCUAAUGCAAGCUUACCAUGGCGGAUUUAUCAUACUGCUGCUUACCCCAUGGUUUAAACACACUUUCACUACUGUACUAUACUGUACCAUGGGAAUGAGACAUCAUAAGAAAUGUUUACUAUGGUUAACUAUUGUAAGAGGUUCCAUUUCUUCUGAAAAAUAAUUAAUCUUCUUCAGGUAAACAAAAUAGUUUAUUCAGGAAUCAAAAUGCAAACAGGAACAAAGAAUCCAAGGUGACACACCAGUGAUCUCACACACACGUGUCAGCUGAUGGUGUUCUGAGCUGCAUCAGUGGAGAUGUUAGUUACUUCUGAGCUGUGCUUUCAUGGCAUCAGAGACGUUGUUUUCUUUCUGAGUCGGCAUGAUGCAGAGAUGUUGGUUUCUGAGCUGCAUCAGUGGAGAUGUUAGUUACUUCUGAGCUGAGCUUUCAUGGCAUCAGAGACGUUGUUUUCUUUCUGAGUUGGCAUGAUGCAGAGAUGUUGGUUUCUGAGCUGCAUCAGUGGAGAUGUUCGUUUCUGGGCUGAGCUGACCAAAGAAAUUCAGCACGGCGAUACAGCUAGCUUAAGUAAUUUCCUUGACAGAGUACAACAUGGAGAACCAGUGCAGUGAAUUCUCAUUGAAUUCCACAUUCCAGUUUGAACCGCUUCCUCAGGUGGAGAUCAGUGUGUCUGGCAGACAUGAAGUGAAAGAGAGGUGAUCAUUAGUAAUGAUGGGUUUGUUAAACUGGGCUUCCAUGUCUUUGGAUGGAUGUUUUUAUUUACAUGUGUUUCUAUUUUCAAAUCAGUUAAAAUAUCUAGAAUAUAUAGGUGGAAUACAAUUUUAAGAGCCAAGUAACGAGUUAUUUUUCAGUUUUAAUUUCUCAUCUGAAAACAUUCAAUAGUUUGACAAUUCAGUGAAUUCACCCGAACUAUAAACAGCAAUGAUACAACUGCAUCUCUCUCUUGGUUUUUGUUUCUGGUUACAUUUUAAUUUCAGCUUUUCAGCAACAAGAUAAAAUGUAACCUUGUUUUGUUUCAAUGUGCUUGUGUAUUUUGUUUAAUCAGAUAAAAUGGAAUCAAAUGUAUUUUCAUCGGGGCUGUCUGGGUAAACAUGUUAAGAGUUCAAAGUGUUGUGUGUCUUUUUUUCUUCUUCUUCUUCUUAGCACAGUUUUGUUAAAUUAACUUUGUAUUGUGCUUUAUAGUACAAUUGAAGUGUUAAUGUUUUCACUUUUCUUCCAAUUCUAUUAAAAUGUAAUAAAUAAA